CUUUUAUUUCAUCUUUCAUUGUAUGUAUGCAGUCCAGUCUACACCAAGGUCACUUCACACCUCGUCAAGCCCCCAUGUCGGUCGUUGACUCAUACGAUCUCUACGUAUCUCAAAUGUAACUGCACCCACGCCGAUCGCCGUUGACAGGAGGUAGUAAGUCAGCUAUUGCCUCUCUAAGUGAAGCCAUAAGUUGGCAUCCUGUUGUCGCUCACCGAGUCUUUCUCUCCUCUCCUUCCUGUCGACAAUUUCGGAUUGCCCAUGUCUUAAACAGCUCUCACGAAUCGGUUUUUCCAGUGAGACCAAGUAUUUUCCGCCCAUCACCCUGAUCAUGCUCCCAGACACAACCCUCUCAAUCGCCAUCUCUAUUGCUGGUCUUUCAAUCGUCGGCCUCUUAUCUAUUCCAGCUCUCUAUCAGAAUCUCGAUCGCCUCCGAGCUACAAAGGCCCGCUAUCAAGAGGUCUCGGACCUCUACGAAGACCAAGAUGGCGAAGCUACAGAGCAAUCCACCCAAGCUUACUCAGAUUUCCUCCCUCGGUGGACCUUGAUCCUCUUCUCAUCUGUGGCUUCCAUCGAUGCCCUUGUCACCGCCAUUCUCACCACCACCCGCCCCCAUGUCUCGUUGAUUUUGGAGCAAUGGUUGCAAUUCGGAUCCUGGCUACUCGUACUGUUUCAAGCAGUCACCAUCUUCACCACUCCUUCCUCGGUCAAGCGUUAUGACCUCGGUAUUUGCGCUGGCUUGUCUACGCUGCUCCUUGCUUUGGCCAUCGCCACUGAGAAUGUAUCUCUUUGGCGGUCCAGCAUCAACCCACUCCCUCCAAAUCUUCAUCUCACUCUCUCUCUUGUACAAUUCAUCUCCGGCAUCAUACUGAGCUUCGCGGCCUUCUUGAUUCCUCGCCGACCAGAUGUCUACUUUAACGAUACCGUCGUUGAUCGCCAAAACACCACCUCUUUCCUCAGCUUCAUCACCUUCUCCUGGGCUGCUCCUAUCUUGGCAUAUGCCGUCAAGCAUCGUGGGUUGGACUAUAGUGAUUUGGCGGAAGUUCCCUACGAAGCACGUUCUCGGACCUUACGACAACAAUUCGAUGCUGUCAAGAAACAAACCUCCCUCUGGAAAACCCUUUUCUUCGCACAUAAGUGGACCUUCAUCUCCCAAUGGACACUGCAGACCAUCACCUCAAUCACCCAAUUUCUCCCCCAAGUUGCCUUAUUCUACAUUCUGAAGACACUAGAAGCAAGAGACAAAGGUCAAGACGUGGGCCUACAGGCCUGGCUCCUAGUAAUUGCCCUUGGUGCUUCGAACACCAUAUCUUCCUGGCUCGAGGCUCGCCUAUUUUACAUCAUAUUCAUGAAACUUGGCGUUCCAAUAUAUGAACAGCUUUCAGCGGUUGUUUUUGGAAAGGCCUUGAGGCGGAAGGACGUCAAAGGCGCCAGCAAAAAGAAGACAGAUGAUGAUGACGAAACCGUCUCCGAUACCACCCUCCUCAAUGGAGAGACCGUGGUCAACAAAGACGUAGGCAAACACGCCGAAACUAGCGCUCCCCCUGCCGAUGAUGGCGAAGAUGAGGACUUUCAGAAAUCAAAACAGAGUACCAUCAAUCUCGUCGGCGUGGAUUCGAAACGAAUUGCCGACUUUGCCACAUAUCACGACAUCUUUCUCGGUUCGGUAGUCAAAAUUUUGGUCUCGUUCACCUUUUUGAUCAAGCUGAUUGGACCCAUUCCGCUCCUCGCCGGUCUAGCAGCACCCAUUCUAAUCACCCCCAUCAACGUCUUCACAGCUCGCCGUUAUGGCGUUGCCCAAGAUGAUCUCAUGAAGUAUCGAGACCAAAAGAUGGCCGUUGUCACUGAAGCCCUUCAAGGCAUCCGUCAGAUCAAGUUCAGCGCCCUCGAACGUAAUUGGUACGAAAAGCUCCUCGAAACCCGGAGAAAGGAGCUCAAGACACAGUGGAAAGUUUUCAAGUAUGACACCACCCUCAUUAGUAUCUGGAUCUUCGGCCCCGUGGUUCUUGCCGCCGUUGCGUUGACAACAUACGCAAUCAUAAACAAGGAAUUGACCGCGUCAGUCGCCUUUACCACCAUCUCCGUUUUUGAAUCCAUCGAGAUGACGAUGGCCAUCAUUCCUGAGAUGGUGACUGACCUACUCGAUGCCAUUGUGUCAGCAAAAAGAAUCCAAGACUAUUUGGACGCCCCAGAGCGGAAGCGUUACACGGCUCCAGGCGACAACAUUGCCUUUCGCGACGCCACAAUAGCAUGGCCCUUUGACGAUACUGAUGAUGCCAAGACAGAAACAAAUCAGUUUACCUUGAAUGGAAUUGAUCUGGAGUUCCCAGCAAAGCAGUUGAGUGUCAUUUCAGGUAGAACGGGGUCGGGAAAGAGCUUGCUCCUUGCUUCGAUCAUUGGAGAAGCUGAGAUAUUGAACGGCACUCUUCAAGUCCCCCGCGAGAAACCUGCCGAGGAGCGUUUUGAUGCCUCUGCAAACAAGGGAAAUUGGUAUCUUGACACUUCAAUUGCGUUUGUUGCGCAGAUCCCCUGGAUUGAAAAUGCCACCAUUCGAGACAACAUUCUUUUUGGCCUGCCACAUGAUGAGAGCAGGUAUCAGGAUGUUUUGAGCGCGUGUGCUUUGAGGAAGGACUUGGAAAUUCUUUCCGAUGGUGACCUCACUGACAUUGGCGCCAAUGGUAUCAAUUUGAGUGGAGGUCAGAAAUGGCGCGUCUCGUUCGCCAGAGCCUUGUAUUCAAGAGCUGGAAUUCUUGUCUUGGACGACAUAUUCUCAGCCGUGGAUGCACACGUCGGUCGACACCUAUUCGAGGAGGCUUUGACUGGUGAACUCGGCAAAGGUCGCACUCGAAUUCUGGUCACGCAUCAUGUCGCACUUACUCUUCAGAGAACCGACUAUAGCGUGCUCCUUGCCAACGGAGAGGUCCAGCUAGCCGGCAAGACCGACGAGUUGCGAAAGACGGGCGAGAUAAAGGCGAUUCUUGCACAAGACAUUGAAGAACAACACAAGGAGGAAGAGAAAGAAGCCGGGCACGAAACCGCCUUGACGAUUGACGAUGGCGGUGGUCUGUCAAAACUACUUUCUAAUCAAUCUCGCAGAUCGCGGAGAAAAUCUGCUUUGAGUGAUGCCGGCGAAGAUUUGGCUCGUCGGCGAUCUCGUGCUGAUGCUGAUGACGGAAAGCGAAACAACCCGCCGAAGAAGUUCACCGAAGACGAAUCUCGAGCGACUGGUGCCAUCAAACUUCAUCUUUAUGCCACCUACAUUCGAGCAUGUGGUGGGUUUGGGUACUGGGCUUUCAUCAUCUUUUGUUUCGCAGUUUGGAUCGCCUCGUACCUUGCCAGGUCCUACUGGAUCAGCGUCUGGACAAGAUCGUAUUCCACCGAAUCAAGCCUCCAACUCAGCCUUGUGCAACAAUCCCUGGGCGCCUAUCACCACGUUCAAUCCAGGCUGCGAACAACGGAACUCGAUCCCAACCUCAAAUACUACCUGGGUGUGUACCUCGGAAUCUCGCUUGCUAAUUGGGUGUUGGGCACUUUCAAGUACUUCUUUGUUUACCUGGCUUCCAUUCGAGCGUCAAAAGUACUCUUCGAAAAUUUGGCUUUCGCUGUCCUUCGGGCGCCUCUUCGCUGGCUCGAUACCGUUCCUUUGGGACGCAUUCUCAACCGAUUCACCGCUGACUUCAACAUGCUCGACUCCCGCAUCGCUUCCGAUUUGUCGUUUGGAAUCCACAAUCUGAUGCACGUCUUUACAGUUGUGAUUGCCGGCCUCGCAGUCUCGGGGUUUAUGAUCUUCCCGGUUGUGGCGUUACUGUCUAUUUGUGCGUGGUAUGCCCUACGUUAUCUUGCCGGCGCCAGAGAAGUCAAACGACUGGAAAGCAAUGCCAAAUCACCUGUGUUCGAACUAUUUGGCUCGGUCCUUGUGGGAAUUGGAACCAUUCGUGCCUUUGACAAAGCCGACGCAUACUUGGAGAAGAUGUACCAGAAUAUUGACAGGCACUGUCGUGCGUACUGGCACCUAUGGCUCUUCAACCGAUGGAUGGGCUGGCGACUGAACAUGGUCGGUUCCGUCUUUGUGACCAUAACAGCUGCUCUGAUUGUGAGCCUUAUGCAGAUUGACGCUUCCUUGGCAGGCUUCGCGCUGAGCUUUGCUCUUGGUCUGUCUGAUUCUGUCAUCUGGUUCUUGCGUCAGUACUCCAACGUUGAACUUGACAUGAACGCCACAGAACGCAUUGUCGAAUACAGCAACAUCGCCAUUGAAGACCAAGGUGGUAACGAUGCACCAGCAGCCUGGCCAACAGAAGGUAGACUUGAGGUCAAUGAUCUUGUGGUGAGCUACGCUCCCGAUCUCGAUCCUGUGUUGAGAGGCGUAACCUUCAACGUCUCACGCAACCAGAGAAUUGGUGUUGUGGGUCGAACAGGUGCUGGCAAAUCCUCGCUGACACUGGCGCUGUUCCGUUUCCUCGAAGCUCGAUCUGGAAGUAUUCACAUUGACGGGGUGGAUAUUUCCAAGAUCAAGCUCUACGACCUCCGAUCCAGGUUGGCAAUCAUCCCUCAAGAUCCAGUGUUGUUUUCCGGCAGCGUCCGCAGUAAUCUGGACGCGUUCAAUGAACACACCGACCCGGAACUUCGUGAAGCUCUCGCUCGUGUCCACCUGAUAAGCUCAGCGACGGCCACCAGCUCCGUGCAGGCAUCUGGCAGUGCAACGCCCGUGCCGGCGAGUGAAGACAACGCCGCCUCUGCGAACAUCAACAUCUUCAAAUCGCUGAGUUCCAAGAUAACGGAGGGUGGUCUCAACCUCAGCCAGGGCCAACGCCAACUACUCUGCCUUGCGCGGGCGAUUGUAUCACGGCCGAAGAUCAUGGUUCUGGACGAAGCGACGUCGGCAGUCGAUAUGGAGACUGAUGCGCUCAUCCAACGCAGUAUCCGUGAAGAAUUCACGGACAGUACCUUGAUUGUCAUUGCUCAUCGUCUGAGCACGAUUGCCGACUUUGACAAGAUCCUCGUUCUAGGGGAGGGCAAGGUAAUCGAGUUCGACGAGCCCAAAGCUCUCAUGCAGAAGGCGGGUGGUGCUUUUAGAGAAAUGGUGGAAAGUACAGGCGAGCGGGCGGAACUCGAGAAAAUCAUCUUUUCCGAAUCUGAGCGACGAAUUUGAGAAACUAGGAGCAUAAGCGCUGUUUGAAUAUAACAAAAGUUUUGAUUAAGACGCAAAACUUCAUCAUGAAGAAGCUUAAAGUGUGAUUGGGAAUGUGUCACGGCCGUCUUAGCUGACAACUCGUGCUCUCUAGACGUGAAAGGCAUUUCGCUGGUAUAUUCUGUUGUAGAUGAUGGGUCGUGGAGCCGUAUGGGGCCUUUGUUAAUUGCGCUGCGGCAAAAGAAUCUUCGACCCUUGGUCAUCAAGCGACGUCUCCAAAGCCUUCAUGGCAAUAUGCC